AUGAAGACAAGUUUGAAAAAGGGAAAGUCUAUAAAAUUGGAGGAAGAAACUCCUACGAUUGGAAAUAGAGAGAGGAAACCUAGUUCGUAUACAACGGUCCGUAUGCCACGAAUUUGGUUCUGUAGUAUUGGUAAACCAAAAGGUGGACGUCCUGGAUCAUGUGCUUUUGGAUUUGGCUUUUUCAAUGUGAUUGAUGAUGUGCAAGCUAAAUCUUUUGAUCAGUGGUUUAAGAUUGGGUUUAAUGAUAAAAACAAAGUGAAGAAGUUUAAAGAAUGUCAUAGGAAGCUUAAGGUUCCAUUGGAUUUUGUGGUUUGUCAAAUUGAUGAUAAGAUGUGGUUCUAUGAUUUGCUUACUGUUGGGAAGAACUUGUCAUGCUCGCAUAUUGAUGUUUGUUUCUACUAUUUGAGAAAGAAGUUAAAGUAUGACCAGUCUGUGAAAAUUUCUGGUAAUACUACUGAUUGCUUCUUUGCUUCUCAAAUUUUUGAAUUAUAUAAUGAGUUUGUUGCAAGUGGUGAAAAUGUUGAUUCGGUUAAGAAGGAUUCUAAGGCAGCUGCAUACAUAGCGGGUUUUUAUAUGUUAUGCAAUAAACCCUGGGCUGAGCUUGAUUUCGUACUAAUGCCUGUUAACGUGAUUGUUCUUGCUCAUUGGAUAUUGUGUAUUCUUGACAUUAAGAUGAGAUGCUUAAAAGUGUUGAAUUCUAUGAGGUUUGGGAGGUACAAGAACAACUCAGAGAGUUUUGUUCGUGCAUUUGCUGUAAUAAUUCCUAUCUUACUGUCACAUGUUAAUUUCUAUGAGGGGAGAAAAGAUAUUGACAGGAGUAGUAAGCACUGGCAAGGUAAAAAAGAUACUGAUGCGUUUGAUAUUGUCGUGGUUGAUAAUUUGCCACAACAAGAGGAUAGUGAUUGUGGUGUUUUUAUCAUAAAGUAUGCUCAUUUCUUCAUGCAUGGAUUGAUUGAUAAGAUUCCUAAGAAGUUGGACAUUGCAUUCACUCGGAAGAAGUUGUGUGUUGAUCUGUUUGUUCAUGCAAAGAAGAAGGAGUUGGGUGGGUACGAGUCUACUUCGGAGCAUCCAGGAAGGAUGCCAUAGUUUUAUGUAAUAGAACAACAUGUUGGAAACCUAGUUUACAUUUUUUUGAACUUUAUGUGUAUUUUUAUGUCAUGUUGUUUU